UUUUAUGUCUCAAAGAGAAUGAAACAUUGGUUAAUGCUGAUGAUGGAUGGAAUUAGGCGAUCACACACAAACAUGAGCCCCGCCCAUCUCCUGGUCUACAUAAAUGUUUCUGCAGAGACACACCACAGCUCCGCAGUGUGAGGUAGACAUCUGACACUGAAGUUAGUGUUUUUGAGCUUUUUCUGUGAGAAUCAAAGAAAUAUCUAAAGUAAUUUUUCAAUGGCUUUGGAGGACCUGUGCCAUUUCAGGGACAUCUUUCAAGAGGACAUAACCACAGAGAGAUUUUCAAUGCCAUUUGAACUAAAGGAAGCCGGUCUGUCCUUCACAAAUAACAGAAACCUGUUACAUUUUUAUAUACCAGAGGUAGAGUAUCUGGAUGAAAGCCCUAUCCAGUUUGGUCAAAUCAACCUGAUGCAGAGCGCGAGCGCCAUCUCAUCACAAGAGUCCCCCUCAGCAUUCCCCUUACCUACAAACCUCCCAUUUACUUCCUCUCAGACUGUGCCUCUUCCCUUCCCCAUGGCCCACGGGACCACCACCUUGGCCUUCAUGUUUCAGGGUGGUGUGCUGGCAGCCGCAGACACCCGCUCCAGCUGCUCUGGCCUUGUGGCGUGCCCGGCUUCCCAGAAGAUCCUGCCCAUUCACAGUCACCUGGUGGGGACCACCUCGGGAACUUCAGCUGACUGCAUGCUUUGGAAGCGGAUUCUGGCUCGAGAACUGCGUCUUUACCAACUCCGCCACAGUCGCCGUUUGUCUACGAGAGGAGCGGCCAAGCUGCUUUCACACAUGCUUCACCCCUUUAAGGGGACUGAGCUCUGUGUGGCUGCCACACUCUGUGGAUGGGAUGGAGGAGAGCUGGAUGAUGAGUGCCAUGACCAUGAAGAGAGUGCAGGAACCACAAAGACUCAAAAACCUGACCUGGGCAUGACAGUAGGUCCCUCACAGGGCUCCUCUUUUACUCCACAGGACAGGUCCAGAAAAGCACGUCUCUCUGGACCCAGGCUGUUUUAUGUAUGCAGCGACGGCACUCGUCUGGAGGGAACGCUCUUCUCCGUGGGUUCAGGGUCCCCCUAUGCCUACUCUAUCCUGGACCAAGGUGUUCGGUGGGGUCUGACUGUGGAAGAGGCCACAUCGGUAGCAAGAGAGGCUGUGUACAGAGCCACCCACAGGGAUGCUUAUUCAGGAAACUUUGUGGAUGUCUUCCACAUCACCUCAAAGGGAUGGACUCGUAGAAAGCGUGAGGACUUGAAAGAAGAAUACUACAGAGAAAAGGAAAGGCAAAGACUUGAGAGAAAGACACAACAUGACAUUCUCAGAGCAAACACAAGCAGCAGACACAAACCAUCUUGAGGAGAAAAAACAAUAAAAGAACAACAAACAUUGGGGAGUAUUUUGGAGCGACUAGACAGCGUCUAUGGAGCAGACUUUAAAUUAAUGAACAAGACAGUCAGUCACAUCCUCCCAGCUAUUCCUCAAAUGAUUUGGUCAUGAAUAUUGUUCCAUUUAAUAGACGGCCUGUUUUGUUUGAACUGAUGAUAAAAUGUGCUCUAAUGCUCUAACAGCGCGCUGCUGGCUGCCAUUUUGAUGUAGAUGUUUAAAGAUUAUAAAUCGUUUCAUCAUGUGAAGUAUGAGAUAAUUACUACCUACUCAAGCAUGUCGAUCAGGCACAUAAACAGAGAAAAGCAGACAGCCAGCCUGCAGGCUGAGGAUCAUUGUUCUGAUGAAUACGAGGAAACACUCGACUGUAGCAACAAGCAGGAAGGAGCUGGGAACUGAUUUGUGUCUACCUUCAGAAUACUUCCCAAUUUACUUUGGCACAUCAAUAAAUUAAUGAAUAAAUUAAAUUUGGCUGAACUAAACUUGGCUGUUCCCUUUGUUUGGUCAUAAAUAAAGAUCAUUAUUCAAAUUAAAUUGACUUAGUAGAAAAAACCUAGUUUAUUCUCAGUGUUUAGCUAUGCCUUCUUAAAUUUUAGAUGCAAGUGCCGAAAGGUUUCCAGGGAAACUUCAUGUAGAAUAGAUUUAGAGCGCAUGGAUCCUGAUGAGACAAAAUGUUGUU